UUCCCCGCCCUUCCCAUCAGUCGGGAAGCCUGGACUGUGGGCUGGGGGAAGCCACAGCCUUUCCCACCUGGCACCCACUGCCCCCUGCCCUUGGUACCUGUUCCAAGCCCUGAAGCCCCUUAAAGCUGCCAGCGAAGCCCUAGAAGACUGUAUCUUGGUACUUGAACAGUUUUAGGGACAGAGCAUUCAGUCGUUCAUCAUAUAAGUUUCUCACAGACGGCCUUUUGCAGCUUGAGAAAAUUCCCUUCUCUUCAUAGUUUGCUGAGAGAUUUGCUGAGAGUGGAAUGGUGGAUUUUGUCAGAGGGACAGAAACUACUGCAUCUGCUAAGAGCCAGGUUUCACACUGAGCAGCUGCAGACGGAGAAAUCAAGAGAAAGCACAAGCCAGCCGCGGAUUCCGAGGCCUGCGGGGGACUCUGUCCUGCUCCGAAGAAAGACCCCGAGGCAGCCGUCUCAGGCCAGGUCUUGCUGCCAUGGGGGCCACGGCCGCCGCCCGCUGGCUGCCGCCCGCACUGUCAGGCAGAUAAGGGGGAGCCCUGCCUGGGGCACCUGCCGCCCCGCCCGGCCACUCCCCCGAGGCCAGCCCUUCCUCACUCCCGGCUCCCUCUGCUGACCGGGGCCAUGCAGGCCCUCCUCGGGCCUCUGUGAGCAGACACACCGCUGGGGACGCGCGUCUGUGCUCUGCAAGACCCGUGCACCACCAUGCCCCAGGGACUCGCCUGGCUGCGCUAUCUUGGGAUCCUCCUCGGCAUGGCCUUGGGAAAUGAGGGCUUGGAGCCAUGGCCCUUGACCCGGAGCGACGAGUGCGCCAUCACUGGCUUCCUGCGGGACAAGCUGCAGUACCGGAACCGCCUUCAGUACAUGAAACACUACUUCCCCAUCAACUACAGGGUCAGUGUGCCUUAUGAGGGGGUGCUCCGAACAGCCAACAUCACCAGACUGCAGCGGGCCCGGGUGAGCCAGCAGGAGCUGCGGUAUCUGUGGGUCCUGGUGAGUCUCAGUGCUACUGAGUGGGUGCAGGAGGUGCUGCUCGAGGGCCACCCAUCCCGGAAGUUCCUGGAGGAGGUGCACACACUACUGCUGGAUGUCAAGCAGGGCCUGCGGGGCAUGGAGGUCAGCCCUCAGGUGGAAGCAGUGUUGAACCUCCUGAGUGCGCCGGGAAGCCUGAAGCUGGUGCGGCCCAAAGCGCUGCUGGACAACUGCUUCCGGGUCAUGGAGCUGCUCUACUGCCCUUGCUGUAAAGAAAGCUCUGUGCUGAACUGGCAGGACUGUGAGGCGCCUCAGCCUCAGGCUCGCAGCCCAGCCUCCGCACAGUGUGAAGCCACCCAGCUGUACCCUCUGCCCCAGCCGCCCUCCACCUCCCUGCCCCGCGUCCUGGGACCCUCGGCUGGCCCCCCAACUCAGUGAAGCUGCUGAGGGCCCGGGGCAAGGCUUCCUGCCCGGAGGAGCCUAGGGUGACCUGGGGGGCAGCUGGAGGAGCCCCUGCAAGAGACGGACCCGGCCUGAGACUUCGGGUGGCAGUGGGGAGCGCCUCCUGGAGAGGAGGCCCUGGCAGUGUUGUCCUUUGAGGGACACAGAGCCUGAGAAGGGUGCAGCUCUCCCUCCUGUGGUCUCGCCUGGAGCGGCGGGUGCUGGGGCACCUGAAGGUCCUGAAGGCAGAGCCUCUGGCUGCUCCUGGCACUGCCCGGGUUGCCCCCUUCCCUGAAGGCAGUGCCAACCUUCUCCUGAGUCAGGCAGUGGGAGCUGUACCAGGUGGGCAUACUCAGCAAGGCCGGGGAGGGGGCAGCAAAGCUGGGACAAGGGCAUGGUAGCCAAAUGCCACGUCUUGCCAUAGUUUAUUUUUUCUAUUAAACACCCGCUUUGUUUUGGUUU